GACUCGCUGCCAGAUUUACUCCGCCGCCCUCCAUGGACCCAAGUGAGGAGUUUGUUGUACUCGACGAAGAGGCAGCAGCCGCCCGAAACAUGGCUGUUGAUCGCUUAAGCGUGCUAAUAGACCUUUUCAGCAAAGCUUUGGAUUCUGUUAAUCAGUCUAACGUUCUGCUUAAAGAUGAGCUCCGAUCAGCCCUCACUGUGACGCUGCAACAUGUGGUACCGGAUGACAGCACCCUCAUAGAAGAUUUGGUAAAAAAGCUUGACGGGGUCUCCCUUAGCACAGAGGAAGUCCGCGCUAGUUACGUCAGGCGAUUGUGCUCUCGACUGGUGGUCGUGAACGAAGAGAAGCAAGCCUUAGAAUCUGAAAACAAUUCUUUACGAGAGUCUUUAAAACAGAAGGAACAUGAGUUUACGACAUUUCGGACUAAUAUAGCUGAGGCCGCACUUACUGUCCGGGACAUUGAGAUUAUUCUUUCAAAAUUGGAAAACAGACCCAGUGAUGAUUCGGCUUAUGUCGGGGUGAUGACCACAGAUUUAUGCGCCAGUUUAGUGAAUAUUCGCGACCGGCUUUCAAGACUGUCGAUGAAUUCGUCGUCGGUUACCACAGCAACUGGAGAUCAAAUUGCGACCACACAAACGUCUAACGACGUUCGCCUGUCAAUCGCGGAUGAAAUAGCUUUCCCCGAACUUACGGGUAUUCGUCGUCAAGAACUAUCCGAAAUAACACACUCAUCAGAUGUGCAAGAAUCAGUAUAUGAUAGUCAAGUUGCUCCCAACUGUGCAGAAGCUGGAAGGCCAGAAAAUCCCAGUUUCGGUCCAAGUGAAGAAGAUCCUUGGUGUCCCUGCUGCACCGUACGCUUUUCUUCACGAGAGGAGUUGGAGACUCAUUUGCAAUCUUGUCUACAAUGAACACUCCGCCCACAUGUACUUCAUCUUUCCUGCCCAGUGUUCCCGUGUGUGACCAUUUCAUCCCCACCAUCUCUCUCUAAGUACCGUCACCUCGUUUCCUGUGCCACCACGCGCUCACUUCACGGCCCCACAACAUUUGCCACCUAGCCCUCAUCACUCUGUCGAAGCUUUUUAUCCGCAUGAUUUCAUCAAAAGGACACCAUAUCUCUCAGUCACAGUAGCCCUUGGGGUCUAUCCUCUCCCAUGUCAUUUCAUCAUUCUCGAGAUUUUGUGCUGUCAUCAUCUUCAUCCUAUUCAUUUCCUUCGUUGUACCCUGUUUUAUUUGAUGAGCCGCUCUUUUCUCAUUUAGCAUACCUGCUUUAGCCUCCUUGCCUGCCUCAUUGGGACGUUUUAUUACCAGAAAAAUCUUUGACGCUCUUUCCUCCACGUAUCUUCGUAAUCAUACCGUCUUUGGUGAUCUCUCUGGCGCACCCAACCACUUUAGAUUCAUGUGCAAAUGUGACUCUUCGCGUAGUUAGGUCAUUUUGAGGGAUUCUUUUGGGUUCUUUACCUCUGUCCUCAUUGCGUUAUACCCGCCGCAGCUCUCUUCAAUCCGGGGCACAAGCGAAAAGGCAAUUCCGUUACAUUCAUAUUGCUGACCAACUGACUAAGCUCAUCGAUCUAGGAAAACCAUCACGUG